UGAUCCUUACACUUGGAAGCAUGUGGUCGCAAGCUGGUGACCAUGACAUCCUUUUGCCGAUGUUGUCUCUCUGAAUCUCGCCCUUUCUAGAGAGAGAAACACACACUGUGUGUGAAAAUGGAUCUCUGCCUCCGGCGGUCUUCUCAUCCAUGUUCAUCUUAUUUCGAUUAUCAGCCCUCUGACCAGCUGGUACUGUUGACCCUGUAGUUUGGUAAACUUUUGUGUUAGACAUGUGGGGUUUUGCUUCAAACGCCAUUGCUGGUUCCUCUGGACUUAAGAACGAUUCUCUUAGACCCGCUCAACCUUCUUCCGAUUGCUCAGAUGACGAGGUUUCGGUAAAUAACAGCAGAGAGGAAGGUUUUGAGUGCCCAAUUUGCUGGGAAUCUUUCAAUAUUGUCGAAAAUGUGCCCUAUGUAUUAUGGUGUGGUCAUACCCUCUGCAAGAACUGUGUCCUUGGGCUACAAUGGGCUGUUGUGAAACUGCCAACUCUCCCAAUCCAGCUCCCAUUCUUCAUAUCGUGCCCGUGGUGCAACCAGUUGUCGUUUCGGCUAGUUUAUAAAGGGAAUCUCAAGUUUCCCCGAAAGAAUUACUUUCUUCUUUGGAUGGUCGAGAGCAUGAAUGGUGAUAGAGUCAAGUCUCAUUCCUCAUCCUGCAUGGACCAUCUACCAGUAUCUGGUUGGUCAUGGAACCGAGGCUGGGCCAGCAAUCAGUUGAGCUCGAGCCGAGGAAGUAACACGGUUGGACCGGGUGUCGGUGAUUCCAAUCGUCAACAAGAUUCGCGGGUUACACAUUCCAACACAGAAAGGCUCCACUCGUCUCUACGUAAGUCGUUAAUCUUCUUUGUUCACUUAACGGCUAAGUUCCCUUUGGUCUUCAUAUUUCUGCUUAUUGUGUUAUAUGCCAUACCUGCAAGUGCAAUCAUCUUGGCAGUGUACAUUCUCAUUACGAUUCUGUUUGCUGUUCCGUCUUUUCUUGUUCUGUAUUUCGCGUACCCGAGUCUUGAUUGGCUGGUAAGGGAGAUCAUCAAUUAGCGAUGCAAUUUGUCGAACAAACUUGUUUGAAGUUGGGAAGACUUUAGUUUUUAAGAAGAUCUGAUCAUGAGUUUGUAGAUGGACAGUAAGAUGGCAAUUUAAUCAAGUCUUUUUGGUGGGUGUUUGGUUCUUUUUAUUUUGUGUUUCUGUUGAUGCAUUAUAUGGAGAGAAGGAGAGAACAUGGUUAAAUAAGAGAAUAUGAGAAUGGUUAAUAUUC